AUGACUGUGACCGAUACGAUGAUGAUCUUGUCAGGAGAUGAUCAGGAGAAGGUCGUUCCGCGGUGGUUGAGGCCGAUCGCGGGCGCCAAGUUCUUCAGCUCGUGCGAGACUCAUCACUCCAAAGAGCGCAAUUACUACUGCAGAGUCUGCACGCUCGCUUUCUGCAAAGAUUGCAAGCAGCAACACGAUUGCUCCAAACACGAGAUCUUAACGGCAUAUAAAGCUUCACACGCGGCCUCUUUCAGAAUGGAGGACUUGAAAUCGCUGUGGGAUAUUUCUGGUAUCUGCCCGUACAGUUUCAACGGGUGGCUCGUCGCCUUCGUAUACAAAAAGGGAACUGGAAUAUCUCGCUCCCGCUGCAAGAAUGGUGCCGCGGAGUGUGAAUCCUGCCGGUACGUGCUCAAGUCGCCGAGCGCCAAGUAUUGCUCAGUGGAAUGCAAGGUUGAAGCGGCGUUGAAGAUGAAUGGAAGUGGAAAUAUGGAUGAGAAAGCAAAGAGGAAUCUAGAGACAACGUUGGAGGAGAAUGCUCGUGAUGUUCACUCAUUCAGGAAACGAGCAAGAAAGCAGGAAGAACCGCAAAGAGCUCCAUUUCAUUAG